GACGCAGUUUUAAACGAGGAAGAAGCAGGAAGACAGCAGUGUGGAGACCCGCGUUCAUAAAGAGAGUUAAACAUGUCAAUAUUCACGCCAACUAACCAGAUCAGGUUAACAAAUGUUGCCGUCGUGAGGAUGAAGAAAGGGGGGAAAAGAUUUGAAAUCGCCUGCUAUAAGAACAAAGUGAUGAGCUGGAGAUCUGGAGCGGAGAAAGAUCUUGAUGAAGUCCUGCAAACCAACACAGUCUUUGUGAAUGUGUCCAAGGGUCAAGUGGCGAAGAAAGAAGACCUAUCCAAUGCUUUUGGAACAGAUGACCUGACUGAAAUAUGCAAACAGAUUUUGUCCAAAGGAGAACUGCAGGUAUCAGACAAGGAACGACAGAGUCAACUGGAGCAGAUGUUUCGUGAUAUUGCAACUAUUGUGGCUGAAAAAUGUGUGAAUCCUGAGACCAAGCGGCCUUACACAGUGAACCUUAUAGAGAGAGCCAUGAAGGACAUCCACUUCUCUGUUAAAGCAAACAAAAGCACUAAACAGCAGGCUCUUGAGGUCAUCAAGCAGCUGAAGGAAUCCAUUCAGAUCCAGAGAGCUCACAUGCGCCUGCGCUUCGUCCUGCCAGCCAAGGAUGGGAAGAGGCUGAAGGAGAAGCUCAAACCAUUAAUAAAGGCAGUGGAAAAUGAGGACUUUGACGACCAGCUGGAAAUGGUGUGUUUGAUAGAUCCAGGCUGUUUUCGGGAUAUUGAUGAGCUCAUCCGCUGUGAGACCAAAGGAAAGGGAACUCUUGAGGUGCUCAGUCUCAAAGAUGUGGAGGAAGGGGAUGAGAAACUCGAAUAAACACUUCAUUUAUUUUCACCUGCUUUCUUUAACACAUUAAACUACUGCUGAUUUAUUUUAUAUGGGCUGCUCGACUGUUGGAGUUUGAAUGUGGCCAAACUAUUAGCAGCUACUGCAUCAGUAUUUCAAUACAUUGUUAAUAAUAGACUCUAAAAUAGUAAUAAAAUCCACAUUUUAUUUUCUGUGAAAAUGGAAUACAUAUUUAUUUUGAUUAAUAACAGAAGUCAAAAUAUGAUAUUCUGCAAGAGUGCAUCUUUAUUAUUAAUAUUAUUAUUUUGCUUUCUUUUAAAUCUGAGGUGCCGAAUUCCCAUUUUCAGCAGGGUUUGUUAAUCUACGAAGAAAGUAGAAAAUAAUUUAAAAGUUUUAAUUGUCUAAUCUGAUGCCAGAGAAACUUUAUCUUGUCACAGUUAAGACUCCCUUUACAUUCACUAUUUGUAGUAUUUAAAUAAAUAAGCAUCAACCUCUAUAUAAACCUCUAUAAACUGUGAUUCUGCUUAGACUGAAGGUGAAAUUCGUUGUUCUUUGGUUUAACACUAAAAUAAAUAACAUUGUUCUGCGUUCUA